UUCAGUCUGUCAAACACUUAAAUAAGUAUAAAUAUACAUUCUUCCUGAGAUCUUUUAUAGAUUUCGAAAAUUUAUUUGUACAAAUAUACCUAAUUUCGCCAUGAAUUUCUUCGAGCAGAUUAGUGAUCAGUUUUGCGGCGUUAUGCACACCAACCUAAAGAUACCCAUAUCUUAUUGCGAAACACGCUGCAACUGGAAAUUCUCAGCAAAUAUCGAUACAAUUAUAUUGUUCUAUACCCUCAGCUUUGGUAUCCUUCGAGUGGUAUUCAAUUUAAUAGAUUUCGUGAACCUUUCCUUGGGAGGGACGCAGUUGGGACGGCCAAGCUGUCUCUUGAUUCUGAGGGGCGCACAUUCGGGGCGCUUACGAGCCCUCAAACAAUUUUUAAUGCUGCAAGCGUGGAUGUUAGUGAUAUACGGCAUGGUAUCCAUCAAGCCGCUUUACAUAAAUCCCUUCGUUGUGAUUUCCGUCAUCAUCUUGACCAGCGAUAUGUUUGUGCUGCUAUUAGAUAUCCGCCGACAUGCCAGGAUACCUCUGGUGCGCAGGGUGACCCUUUGGGAAAUGAUCCUCAAGAAACAGAUACACUGUUAGCCUAGAAUUUUUUUGCUUGGAGGAAAUGAUGUGCUCCAUGCCGAUAUCUGUUUUAUAACUUUAAUAUGGUGAAAGAGAAGCUGAAACUGGGUACAGAUGGGAAAUUAUACUAUUUAAACCCUUCAUGUUACUGGGAGUGAACAUUUAAAACAGGAUUAAAUUAUGCAGUGAAUGGGGCUUUUCAAACUUUGGUCAUAACUUGGCUAAAAAUAAUCACACAAUUUACAUAAUAUUUGAUUUGUGCAUUAAAUAAACCAAUUUAACAUCUGUA